AUGGAGGAAGGCCUGCUGACGGAGGAGUUUGUGGAUGCUGUUCCCGGAGAGCUUUGCAUUGGGCUCCCGGCAAGAGCGCUUUUGGAUGCAGUGGAGCGCUCACCCAGAGGCGAGCUGCUAUUGGUCGGUGGCCUUAGGAUAACAGCAAGUCAAGUUCCUGAGCUUGGACACUUUGCGGAGAAGGUGUGGAGCCUUUUCCGGCAAGCGCAGGAUGCCAGGAUUGGCGCCCAAAUUAGCGUGGAGGCACAUCAACUUCUGUGCGCAGCCUUGCUGGCCGGGGGUGCAGAUCCAGGUUCUCUUCCUCCAGGCCUUGCUGAAGCGGUGCGGAGGUAUGAGACUCUGCCCAAAGCAACAUACGAGGCUUGCCAGGCGAUCGUUCGCCCUUUGAUCGCCUUUGCUCUGGAGUGCGGUAGUCAAAGCGAAUUCAAGGAAAAGUUGGACCUUGUCAUCCAGACGAUGACGCACGUGGAUUCAGAAGAACUCGGUCAGUACAUUCAUGCUGUCCCACGUGCUGCUGAUGGAGAAAUGGGCCAGUAUGUGUAUGCUGUCCCGCGUGCAGUGGAUGGAGACGUCGCUCAGUAUGUGUAUGCUGUCCCUUACAUGGAUGAUGAUUUGGAGGCAGGCAACGCAAACUAG